AUGAGGUUCUAUCCGAACAUCUUUCUUUGGAUAGGCGUGCUCGCGACGCUUGUUGCCCCAAUUUUAGGUAAUAUCUGGUCCUCGUAUUUCCCUGCUUCCCCUUUGAUAACGUGUUGUCUUCCAGCGCGAUCGCAAGCCUCAGAAGCGAUCCGCAAAGUCACGCCGAUCGACAACCCGAUUAUUCACACCCCUUCACAUCAAAUCGACCAUCUCUCCUCCUUUGAACUCACCUUCGAACUCCAUCGCGACGGUCAACGAAUAAAGCUAGAACUAGAGCCUAAUCACGACAUCCUCGCCGACGAUGCCUUCAUUCAAUACAUUGACCACGACGGGACUCCCACAGCUGGCGAGCGGAUCCACCGAGACCAACACAAGGUCUUUCGUGGACGUGCGCUAGUUGGCUCUGGCAACGGUCGAUGGACCCCGUCCGGCUGGGCCAGAGUGACAGUACGACAGGAUGGCCCAGAUCCCUUGUUCGAAGGCGCGUUCAGUAUCGCCAACGACAAGCACCACAUCGAGCUGCAGUCGACCUACAUGGCGAAGAAACGGCCAAUUGAUGUCGACACCCCACAACGUCCGCAAAACUACAUGAUCGUUUAUAGAGAUUCAGACAAAAUACGAAUGCAUCAAGAGUUGAAGCGAUCGGUGGCUGCAGCCCCCGCCGGCUGUGUCGCAGAUCAAAUAGACUACAAUACCGAUCUCUCAAAUUCAAUCUUCCCUCUUGGAAUCGAGGAAUCCUCUGGUAAAUGGGGCGUGACUCCUUUGAAUUCUCUGUUUGGAUUGAGCAAGCGCCAGUCUGAUGUCGGUGGAGUGUCGGGAAACUCUGGGGGUGUCAACUUGAAGAACACCAUUGGAGAUACUUCAGGAUGCCCCAAAACGAAGAAAGUGGCAUUGAUCGGAGUGGCUACUGAUUGUAAAAUGACAGAGUACAUUACCAAAAACAAUGACUCUUCGCAAGCCACGCAGGACUAUGUCAUCAAUAUCAUCAACACCGCAUCCAACGUCUACGAAGAGUCUUUCAAUGUUUCCAUCGGCCUUCGUAACCUCACUGUGAACAAGGCCUUGUGUCCCACGCAAGCAGACUCUGCUACCCCCUGGAAUGUGGACUGUGAAAGCGGAAACAUCACAUGGCGCCUGAACGAAUUCUCUAAGUGGCGUGCCGACAACGCCGACGAUAACGCCUACUGGACCCUUCUGACCGCCUGUGCAACUGACUCCGAAGUUGGCGUAUCAUGGAUGGGUCGGCUUUGCACCUCCGACCUGAGCAGCGAUGGCUCAAGCUCUGUUUCUGGCGCCAAUGUGGUGGUUGGAAACCAAGGGAGCACUUGGCAGAUCUUUGCCCACGAAUCGGGGCAUACAUUCGGGGCUGUUCACGAUUGUGACUCGCAGACCUGUUCUCAGGGUCUCGAUGACUCGUCACAGUGCUGUCCACUUAGCUCAUCAACAUGUGAUGCUGACGCCAAGUACAUCAUGAAUCCCUACGCCGACCCUGAUAUGACUACUUUCUCAAAGUGCACUAUCGGCAACAUCUGCUCCGCUAUUGGUCGAAACAGCAUCAAGUCUGCCUGUCUAACAGACAAUCGUGGUGUGAGCACCAUCACCGGUAGCCAAUGCGGUAACGGGAUUGUCGAGGAUGGCGAGGACUGUGACUGUGGUGGUGAGAGUGGCUGCGGUGACAACGCCUGCUGCGAUGCGAAAACGUGUAAAUUCAAGAGCGGCGCUAUCUGCGAUGACUCCAACGACAACUGCUGCAUCCAAUGCCAAUACGCCAGCGCUGGCACAGUCUGUCGUCCCAGUACCGGUGUCUGUGAUAAAGCGGAGACCUGCUCAGGCAACUCCAGCUCCUGUCCCAACGACGUAUUCGAGAAAGACGGAACCUCCUGCGGCGACUCGGGCGCGGGCCUUAAGUGUGCCAGUGGACAGUGCACAAGCCGUGAUUAUCAGUGCCGGUCUGUUCUGGGCACACUCAACCUGCAAAGCAACGACAGCUGGGCCUGCGACAACACGAAUGCACCAUCAUGUAGCAUUGUGUGCGGCGCCCCCAGUAUUGCAAAAGAAUAUGGCUCUUCAACCUGCGUGGAACUCAAUCAGAACUACCUCGACGGCACUCCGUGCGAGGAUGGCGGACACUGUGUUUCGGGCCAGUGCAAGGGGUCUUCCGCGAUUGGCUGGAUCAAUGACCACAAGGAUAUCGUUAUUGGUAUCUGUGCCGGUGUGGGUGGUUUCAUUGUUCUUGUCCUGCUGUAUUGCAUCAUAAGUCGCUGCCGUUUCGCUGCUGCUCGUCGCAAGUUAACCAAGAACGGGCCACCGCCUCCCACGCGCUUCGUCGGGGGUCCCCCGCCACCUCGUGGCCCUCCUGGUCCUCCUCCUGGUAACCAAUGGUAUGGUGGUGGCCCAGGCUAUGGAUAUCCCAAUGGCGGAGGGUAUCCCAAUGUCCCUCCGCCGCGGUUCGCGUGA